AUGUUCUUUCUUUCUUUAAUUUUUUCUUUCUUUCUUUCUUUCUUUCUUUCUUUCUUUUUUCAUUAUAACAAUCAUUCUGUCCAAAAGUCUUUGUCUUUGGUAAUUCAUGCUAACGUUCAUAUGUUAAUGUCUUCUUCUGAAUUUCUUUAUUUCUUUCUUUCUUUCUUUUUCUUUCUUUCUUUCUUUCUUUCUUUUCAUUAUAACAAUCAUUCUGUCCAAAAGUCUCUGGUAAUUCAUGCUAACGUUCAUAUGUUAAUGUCUUCUGUAUCACUUGAAUUUCUUUCUUUCUUUCUUUCUUUCUUUCUUUCUUUCUUUCUUUCUUUCUUUCUUUCUUUUCAUUAUAACAAUCAUUCUGUCCAAAAGUCUUUGGUAAUUCAUGCUAAUGUUCAUAUGUUAAUGUCUUCUGUAUCACUUGAAUUUCUUUCUUUCUUUCUUUCUUUCUUUCUUUCUUUCUUUCUUUUCAUUAUAACAAUCAUUCUGUCCAAAAGUCUUUGGUAA